CGGCGAGCCACUGCACUGCGCUGUCUCGAGUACGUGCGUGUGUGUGUGUGUCUGUCUGCUGUGUCUGCGUGUGUGUGGGCGAGCCAGUGACGGCAGCCUCGACGUUUCUCCCUUACCUUGGCCGCUUCGCUGCUCGACUGGGAGGGAAUGACACUGCCAGAGCCCUACACACAACUCAGGCCGCACCAACCAACCACAGUCUUUCUCAAUGGGGAUUCCAUCCGCCCUCGAACCUCGAUUCCGCUCGGCCGUCCCAGAUACGCCACCUGAAGUCCUCACCCCGGACUCGGCCUCCUUUCCUUUGCGGCAGUCUGAGGAACGGUUUUGGAAUCCGCGUGCUCCGCCGUCUCCUCCUAUGUCCAACUAUGACCCGACCGUCAAGGCAAGCGACAUGUCGUCCGGCAAGGGCUCGGAGGAAACCUCGAGCCGCAGGGAGUCUGCUCUCGAGCAGAGCGCGCCACGCCAACAGCUCCCUUCUCUGAGCAGCCUGUUUGGGCCACCUUCACAGAUGCAUCCGUUCCCGUCCGCCUUCCCAGAUCGCCCGGCGGCGACCUACACAUCCUCCUCGCCCCUCGACCACUCUCUCCGGCCGCCAGUGGGUUCGUCCUCCUACUUCCCCUCGCCAGCUUCUGCGGCAUCGCAACCGCGAAGCCUGCUAGACUCGAGGUUCCAGGAUCGUGCUCAGGUUCCCUCGCUUCCCCGGGUUUUCCCCGGGCCGCUUUCACCCUUGCCUCGGCAAGAGCAGAGGCAGGAUGGGCGCGCAGAGUCCAGCUCAGGGAGUAAAUGGUCGCUUCAGCAAGACGCUGGCCGGGAAUACUCACUCGGCAGCCGCGAGCAGACGUACCAAUCCUCCGUCGAGAGGUAUCCUCUUCAGUUGUCGGGAACCCCUCGAGACGACAGUCGGCGAACGGAUUUCCGUGAGCAGCUAGCACCGCAAAUCCCGGCGCACAACCCGCCUGCGACGCCGACUAGCAGCGUCGGCUCGGAGGUUCCUCCGGCGAAGGAUGGUUUGGGGCCGAGGAUCUGGACAGGAACUCAUUUCCUGCCCCGGUUCGUCCGGGCGGCCGAGGUCCCGGGCGAAGGCAUGUGCUAUUUCUACGACGACGGCAGCCACUGCAAGACGGUCAUCGAUGGCGAAGCAGUCAAUGCGCACUGGGGUGUGACGAAGGCCGGGAAGCCGAGGAAGAGACUGGCCAUCGCCUGCGUGACUUGCCGAGAGAAGAAGAUCAAGUGCGACCCGGACUAUCCGCGAUGCUUGCAGUGUGAGAAGUUUGGCAGGGUUUGCAAGUUCAAGAAUGCGUGAGUCCUGCGUCGGCGAAGCGUGCAGGAGCGGCCCCAUCGUGAUACUAAACGCAGGUGCUAUAGGCCUCGAGGUGGUCAUAACACAUCCCCGUCAACCCCGCCGCCGCCUGCGGAACCCGAUGAC